AUGUCAUUGUUCAGAAGAAUAUCUUCAAAGACAUGUACUGAACUUCUUUUGACAGCUAAAACAGUUAGAAAAGUGUGAGUUUUUAGUCUUGAAGGAUCAUAACUGUUGAUUUUAAACUUUUUCUGUCGAUUUUAAUUAUUAUUGUAACAACAACCUUACCUUUUCCUCAUUCAGACCCCAAGUAGAAGUCCGUCGUUACCUGGGCGAGUCUCUAAAACAGCCAGGUCAAACAUCUUUUCAAUCCAAAACUAUUGGAGUAUGGCUUCUUGGAUGUGCUGGUAUGGUAUAUGGUGCUGUGGCAUUAGGUGGAGUGACUCGUUUGACUGAAAGUGGGUUGAGUAUGGUCAAUUGGGAUCUGUUUCGAACUAUGAAGCCGCCAUUUAACAAUAAGGAAUGGGAAGUUGAGUUUGAACGGUACAAGGAGUUCCCUGAGUAUAAGUUGUAAGUUAUUUUUACUAUUUUAGGUAUAAACUGACUAUUUUUUAAGGUUUAGAGACAAACUAUGUUACUUUUCAGUAAACUAAAUGUAAUUUUUAUAAAAGGAAGCAUAUUUACUUAUGAUUUUAUCUUACUUAUAUUGUAGUAAGUCCUCAAACGAAGAAAUGACCCUAAACGAGUUCAAAUUCAUCUGGACCAUGGAGUACCUUCAUCGAAUGUGGGGAAGAGGUAUUGGUCUUGCUUUCAUAAUACCGUGCACGUACUUCUGGGCAAGAGGACGAUUCAGUGGAGCCAUGAAGAAGCGAAUGCUACUGGCUGGAUUUUUGAUCUGUGCUCAAGGCGCAGUUGGUUGGUGGAUGGUGAAAAGUGGGCUGAAUUUGGAGAAUAAUUCGAAUCAAGACAUACCAAGGGUUAGUCAGUACAGACUGACCACACAUUUGACUAUGGCGUUUGUGUUAUACUCGAUAUUUUUGUGGACUGGGCUUUCACAUGUUCUGAAGCCGGCUGACGUGAGUUUUUGACCAUUUUUUGAUUUAAAUUAUAAAAAAAGUAAUGAUAAGGCUAUAUAAAGGUAUAGGCACUGAACUCAAACAAUCUGUGUUUCACUAAAGUCCUUUUUUCAGCACACUGCUGUCCAAGGCGUCAAAGCUCUGCGUGGUAUGACCCACGGCUCCAAAAUGUUCAUCUUCUUAACAGCCAUUUUUGGCGGUUUCGUAGCAGGAUUGGACGCUGGCCUAGUCUACAACUCAUGGCCAAAGUAUGCGGAUAAAUGGCUACCAGAGAAUAUGGCAUCAAGAGUACCGGCUUGGAAGAAUUUCUUUGAAAACGAAGUUACUGUUCAGUUUAUUCAUCGGAAUUUGGUAAGUUGGUAUAGGUAUAGGAAGGGGAAGGGCUAGGUUGUUUUAGCUGUAACGUUUUUGAAAAGGUGGUUGGUCAUUUGAGACAGUAUAUAAACGUAAGCUUUCAGGCAUAUUUAACAUUAUUAUCGAUCACUAUGACCUGGUUGAAAGGAAGGAAAUUGGCAUUGAACCCCAGAGCUAAAGUUGCUUUACAUGGGUUAUUGGCCAUGGGUUAUCUUCAAGCUAUCUUGGGCAUUUCUACCUUGGUAAGAAUCUACUUUUAUAUAUUUUGCCUCUAUUCCAACAAAUUUUUUUGGAAAAAUUAAAAAUAGUUGUUUGAUGCUAAAUAAUGGCGCGGUAUAAGCUUCAGCUUAGAAAGAAAAAACUUUUUUAAAUUUAUGUUUUAAGGUCCAUCAAGUACCCGUCUGGCUAGCCAGUCUUCACCAAUCCGGCUCCAUGGCCCUGAUCACCUUUGUCUUAUGGCUUUCGAAUGAAAUUCGUCGGAUUCCAAAGUAA